AUGCCGUCAAAGAAUAGUCUGACGUCCUCAAAUAAGCGUUCCGUACCCUUCCAGCAACAAGCCUCACCAGAUUCGUCCGUGCCACCUCGAGAGACACCUCAACCCGAAGCUGGCCCCCCGCACCUCCAUAACACCAAUAAAGCUUCUACUCACAAACCUCACCGGCCGCAUGUAGUUGUUUCACACCGGCCGCAUAUGCAUGUGCGCAAUCUGUCGCUGAAGAACAUUAACAGACUUCAGAGACUCGCUGCUGCGCACACUUCGUCAGGGGAAGGUGACACCCAAGUUGGACCUGCGCUGAGACAUCACCAACACAAAAAGUCGGCAUCCGCUUCUCCUGCGACGAGCCCGCGAGUUAGCAAUCAAAACGUACGCUGGAAUGGCUCGAUAGUUUCGCUAGCUGGCCACGCCACGAAUCCCGCAAUACGCAAGAACCUCUCCACGCCCGCAUUGCGGAUUGCUUCGGGGAUUCUCUUGAAGAAACCCCAUACGAUAACAAAGGCGGGAGCAGCAGCAGCAGCAGCAGGAGCAGGCAACAGGGCUGGACAGAAAAAGACUGUUGGUUUUGAGCUUGCGGCUUCGGAUGACGACGACGACGAGUGGGAAGAUAACACUAGCUCUCAUUCUCCGGAAAGCACAAGACACAAUUCGGUGGUCGCGAACAAGAUGAGCACUGAUAAUAGUCUCAAUUCUACGCUCCCUGCGACAAAGUCUCCCCUUACUCAAGUAGAAACCACCGAUACUACAGACGAAGCAGAUGAGACUCCAGGCCAUCAGCAGACGUCAGGUCAUAUUAGCGGCUCCGAUCCUGGGGUUUCUCGGGAACCCACUGCACUUGACCAGGACGAUAUCGCUUCUCGUCUCCUCCAUCACCCACAUUCCUCCAAAGUUCCGCCUGCCAUAUCAUCCGUCUCAGCUACCGCAACGCCGCCAGCAGCAGUCCGUACUGCCCGUCCUCCAUCAGCCCUUCCUUCAAGCCAUGUCCGCAAUUCUGAGCUGUCCGGACAAUGGUCAACAGUUGGGAGCAGCUCAUCUAUUAAUCCACAUGGAACGUCAUCAUCGAUUGAAGGAGGUGUAUCCAGAUUCAUCAUCAAUGGCUCUAAUGCCAAUGUUGGAGCCACCCCCGAUUCUGACCUCAACACCCCAUUAUCUUUCCACCCUCAUUACUGCCCCAACACGCCACCGUCUCCGGAGACUACAACGAGUUCCACACGUCCAAGCUCUCGCGGACGCCAACCAGAGCCUCCGUCGCGUACACAGCAGAAACUAUGGCUCCAGCGAACUGCGGCUCUUACUACCUCGUUGCCGGAUCCUUCUAUAUCCGGCCCUUCCCCUACAACGCCAUCAUCUAUAUUGGAGCCGGCUUUUAUGGCGGCUACACAAUCCCGACCAUCCAACUCCCGUGCCAGAGACGGCCGCAGGGGAAUGAUGGGAACGGGUGGAGUCUCAGGAAUAAAUACGGAUAACGAAGCGAAACGAACCCGUAAGACAUAUGACAAAUAUACAAUGGAAUAUUCAGUAGUACGCCGUUUCAGAGAGCCUGUCGUAGAGAGCUUCCUUAGACUUGAGAAAUUGGCCGGGACCAACGGGAAAACCAAUAAUACACCUCAAGGCCAAUCAACCGGUGCGAACCUCGUCACUAAUAACGGGAACAUCUCACGUCCCCCUUCAUCCUCACGGAUCAUCGACAGUGACCCCACCGUCAACAGCCAGUUUCUAAGCAAAGUGCCCAAGUCAACCAGCCAGCUACGACUCCGCAGGUCAGAGGAUUCAGGCCGCACCGGCGACUCCGAUGAACCGGGUGACCGAUUCGAUAUAGAGAAUCAACCACAGCGGCAUAAUUCUGUCGCCGUUGUCCUUGCGGAUGGCAAUAUGUAUGAGGAUCAGAUUGAUGAUGAUACUGGCGGCGCUGGUGGUGUUGGACAGGGCGCAUAUCGACCCAGUGAUGUCGAGCUGCUGAUUAGGCGGAUGUGGGAUAGCCGUGAGCCUGCCGUUGCAGAUGAUUGA